AAAUAACUUCGAAAUCUAACCUCAAUCGAAUGUCAUAAAUAAUUGAGUUUCAUAUCGUCGUUCUGGCAAACAUAAAUAAUUUUUCGGUAAAAAUGUUCAAAGUUUUGCGAUUAAUUUGCCAACAACGGCAAUUUUCAGCAGUAAAUGCUGCACGCCAAUUUUCCUUUAAAAGCGACCUUUCACCGGAAACGAUGUAUCCAAAUAGUAAACAAAAACUAUUCACACCAUCGCCACCACCGCCUGUAAGUCAGCGAGCUGAUAAUAAAUUUAAUGGAUAUAUUCCGAUGAACGCUGUCACCGUCACAUACUCACGUAGUAGUGGACCAGGCGGACAAAAUGUUAAUAAACUUGAUACAAAAGUCGACCUUCGGUUUCAUGUUAAAACAUCUGAAUGGAUACCUGAGGCUGUACGAGAGAAGCUUCUUAUUACCCACAAGAAUCAAAUCAACAAAGAAGGUUAUUUCGUUGUUAAAAGUGAUUUAACCCGUUAUCAACAUAUGAAUUUGGCCGAUGCUUUGGAACGUGUUCGAAAUAUAAUUCGACAAUUGGAAGAAGAACUGACGCCAAAAGAGUUGUCACCGGAAAAACUGGCAAAAAUCCAGCGACAACAUGAAAAAUCAGCAAGGGAACGAUUAUUUAUCAAACGUCAAAAAUCCCAAGUAAAAGUUGAUCGACAAUAUGGAUAGUAUGUAAAAUUGUAAUAGCUAUUGUGGUAUUGUAAAUUAAAAAAAACAUCAAACGAAAUAAAAAGCAGUUGAUACUAAAAAUGCAAA